AUGUCUGUUGAACAAUGGGUUAACGACGAGCUGCACAGUAUCGUAGGAAUUAGCGAUCGCACGAUAUCGCAGUAUGUUCUGGCGCUUGCGAAGAAAAGUAACAGCACAGAUGACUUUAUUGGGAAGCUGCGCGACAAUGAUGCACUCGAAAUAAAUGAUGGUGUGCGAAAAUUUGCGUCGCAGUUGAUGAACAAGUUGCCUAAAGCAGCUCCCAAGGUCACCCAGCGUAAAGGACCAUCGGCGGCUGUGCUCCGAGAAAUGGAACUGCAGAGACUCAGCAAUUCGAUGAAAGUCCUGACAGAUGAGCCUACCCCAUCCCAUUCGAGGAAGUCUUCACAUCACGUGCGCAAACGUCGAGAGAGUAGUAGCGAUGAUGAAGUAGGUUUCCCGAAUGUUGCGCUUUUUGAGAUUAUAGAAAUUUACCAUUCAAACUUGAUUACUUACCCUCCAUGCAAAGAUGAUAUACUUUUGAUCCGGAUCCAGCGCGGAUCGUGGGCGCUAUGGCGCCAUUGUAAAUGGAGCGUGGUACCAGCCGCGCCUCCAAAGAAGUUUUGGGAUGCGUUGCAGAUCAGGGCUAGCACAGUGGCCUCUAAACCAGCAGAAACGAAGUCUGGAAAACCUCAGAAACAUGAAUCAUCUAGCGAUUCGGAUUUCGAAGCUGUUGAGGGAGAACUUGACCGUGAUAUCAAAGAAAGGGACGAGCUUGCUGCAAGAAUAAGGAAACGUGAGAAAGAGAAGACCAGAAAUGUGCUGGAACAAAAGAGAAAAAUAGCAGAUAAUAAGGACUUGGAGGAUUUGACCAUCGACAAGUUGCGAGAAGAGUCUAGAAGGCAAUACCUAGCUAAAAGAAAGGAUGAUAAGCUUGAUGAACUGCGUCAUGUGGUUGCAGAUGAUGAAACUCUAUUCGCACAUGAAGAUCUCACAGAAAAGGAACGAAAAGAUAUGGAGUAUCGUAAGAAAGUGCUUGAGUAUGCUGAACAA